UUUUGUCUUCCUGUGAGCGAGUUAGGCGGUGUGUAUAACGGAGGCGCUCCGUUCCCUGGAGGGCUCAGUUUCGUUAAGUAAAACGUGAAUCCGUGGCGAAUUCUCCGCUGCUGCCCGCCUCGUGAUAGGGGUUGUGGAAAACGAGGGGCUGUGCCCGUACCUGGGAAUUGCCCCGAGACAUAGAAGGAGCUGCCUGCGCGGUGCUUAAAAAAAAGACUGAGAAUAACCAACGUGUCUGCGGCUGACAGGCAAAACUGUGCUGUCAGCACCGCGGCUUUGAUGCCAACACGACGGGUGUCACCCCCCGCACCCUGUGGCAGUGUGUAGUGGGCGGUAAUGAGUGCUCGGGAUAAGAAAUUGUUAAAUGUUGAGCUGUCUUGGAGCGGGAAGGGGAAAAUGAGGCCACAAAUACCGCAUCUCAGCCUCAUUAACAAGAGAUCUGUCGUGGCUAAGGAGUUUCUGAUCUGUCUGAAAUUAUUCCUGCUCCACCAGGGUGUCUUUUUUUGUGACGAUUAAAUGGCCAUUCUGCACAUGGCGUUGGCAUUAAGCAGGAGAUGGAGGAUCCAGUUUUCCUUCCCAGGUCCCUGGGAGGAGCAGUGUUAGUGCCAGCAAUGAGCUCUGCACGCACCACUGUCGGGACACUCACCCCAAAUCCACCCCAGCCUACUUUGGGAGCUGUACAAGGAGUUUUUCCCUUCUCCAUGGCGGUGGAUGUGCUAAUCUGGAUAUAGUACAGUUCUGCUGGCAUGCUCACUGCAUCCCUCGCUGUUCUGUCCUGGCCCCAUGCAGGUUGGACGAUGCUGGGGCUGACCUUUAGCUGCAGGUUUUGCAGGUCACUGUAGCUGCCUUUUCAGAAGGUGCUAUAGUUCCUCAGCAUGUCCCUCUUCUGACAGCAGGGGAAGAAAUAGCCUUGGUAUCACACCAGAAGUUAGGUUAUGUGUUGAUACUAGCAAGGUGAUCACUCUGGAUGCUUUUGUACAUAAGAGCUGGAAGGUUAAGUAGGGGUAGUGGUUCUAGGCAAUACAGGGUGAAUACCUGGAAUAAUACAGGAGACUGGAUGAAUAAGUGGAUUAGGAUGGUCACACCACACUUGCAUUUCUUGCCUGCCCUUGAGCUAACAUUUUUCAUGCUUCCAACAGUCACGACCCAAUGGGGGCUGCUGGGUGUCCAAAACAAACCAAACACGUCUCCUUCAGCCUAUUGCACAGCCCUGAGCGCCAGCUAUGUGACUAGGAGGUCUGCAAGGCAUCCCCUCCUUCUGGCCCAUGUCUAAUGAAUAGCUCCUUGGUGUUUCAUGAAGUGCAAUGGCAGAGUCAGGUGAGCUGCACUGCCUCGAGAUACCAGGCUACCAGCCCCACUAGCAAUUUAUCAGCUUCUACCAGAAAUGUCACAUUCUGCCGGAAAUGCUUUCCUGCAGAUAACCCCUCCGACUCCAGCAUGAUGCACACCUGGAGCUUCAGGGAUGCAAUGGCUGUCGUGCUGCUACUAACUGGGUUUUCUCUGUGGAAGAAUUCUGUAUUUCCAUCAGCGUUGGUCAUAAGCAUUAUCUCUGAUGUAAAAAUAUAAACUAAAGCCAAAUCUUGCCUUGUAAAAUGUUGCUGUCUCAACCCUGCUGUAGAUAGCACCCAGCAGCAUGCUAUAUUUCACGCUGCAGCUGAAAUAUUCUGAUGCUGGAAACUGUGGGAACGGCCCCAUCUUGCUGAGCACUUUCUUUUUGUCCCUAUAGUACUGACAUGUGAAAGAGCCACAAAUUCACAGAGGCUGUGCACACAUUUUUGUAACCGUGAUGUCUCCAGAGUCUCUCAGUAGUCUUGAGAGCACGGAGGUUUUGCCAGCAUAUGGGGGCACGGUUCUCUGCUGCUGUUUUUCUGCUGCUUAGAGAAAACCCUAGGCAUGUCUCAUCCUCACAACUGCAGAAAACUUGAAAACACAAUCUGAAGUUACGUGAAGGCUCAGGAAAAUGAAAGAAACCCCCAAAUUGUUUUGCUUAUGAUCUCUUCUGUCUCCACAUUCCCAGGGCUUUUGGGGAAAACUGGCUCAGGGAUGUUGUAGGCGGAGGUGAGGGAUGAUUUGCAUCUAGGUUGCUGAGCCCUGCUUUGAUUGACUCCAAAGGAUUUACGUAUCUUCUCACGUACAAAGUCCUCCACACUCCUGUCUUUGCUUCUGUCUCCACAGGCAUCUCUAGCACCCCCACUCCCACUCUGAUCAAAGCUUCCCCUCUUCUUUUAUCAUUGCUACAUGCUUUGGACUCCCUGCCUUCUCCACUGCAACGCAUGCCCAGAGCCGUCUGCCACCUCAAGUUCCCUUCAGAGCCCCCACUGACUAUACAGGAGAGUCAGUCUGAUGCUCUGUGUUGUUUACGACUUGCAGCAGGGCACACAGCUGACCCUGAUGAGGAAGAACAGGUAUUGAUGAUGUUCAAUGUACAACAAUUAAAUGAACACCUGGGGAAGAGGAGGGUGUGCCCAUGCUGCACAUUCCCAGCAUUCCUCCAGCUCUUCGUCCUCCUGGGCUGCUGGGGGUGAGCUGUCACCCGGAGAGGAUGGGUUGGCUCAAGGGAAACUUGGACCGGAGAUUGGAACAGGUGGCUGCGUUUCUCCUCUGCUUCUUUUGCAAAGUUUUGAAGAGUUGUCUGGGUGGAUGAGCCUUGUGGUAUCUGUAGGUGGCAAAUGGGACUUGUGUUUGUUGCAGAAAACUUGAAAAGCCACAACUAGAGGGAGAUGGGCGCUGACUGAACCCCAAACAUGCCAGCCUGGUCCAUUCCCCUGCUACAAAAUAAGGCCAGUAGCACCCAACUCCCCAGUGGAUGCAUUCCCAUGAUGUUUUUAAAAAUCUCCUGUCAUGGAGACUGGUGCUUACUCAGGUGAAACAUUUGAGUAAUUAGCUGUCUGUUCUGAUAGAAAGUGUUUCCUAAUAUCUAGCAUCAGUCUUGCUCCUUGCAAGCCCCAUUGCUCCUCACCCUAUCCCCAGCAGACACAACGAACAAUUGAUUCCUGUCCUCAUUGCAGCGAGUGCUCACAUCACACCGUGCCCCCAGGAGAGGAAUUAUGGGGGUGAUUUAUUAUGUUGCCUCUCCCCACAGAGAUAACUCUCAAGCACAGUCCUAUUGACACAGGGCAGAAGAGAAAGAAAGUAUCUUUUGGGAUGGAGACCUGCCAUAUGGCAACUCGAGGGAGAUGAUGCUCAAAAAACAGAAUUCCCCUCCUGACGGUACACACCAUACAAGGAGAAGAAGCAGGACCAGCACGGGAUGCGGCAUCACCAUGUGAGGAGUCAUGUUGGGCUUCUGUCCCCAUGUCCGCUGUCCCUCUCUUUGCUGCCCAAGCCCCUGACCGUGCCAUGGAGUGACCGUGCACUGUGGGGUACCAGGGGGCUGCAGGCAGCAGGAGCUGAGGAGAGCUGCAGGAACACCAGCAGGGUUUGGGAAGAUGUGGGGAGAGGCUGGAACGACUCGCUGGGUACACGUGUCCCUCACCGCUUUGUCCCCGCAGCCUGCAAGGCUGCCUCGUGCCGUGUCAGGCCGUGCCACCGACGUGGGCAUGCGUCACGGUGCUCGAGCAGAACGAUGCAGCCCCUCCACUCCCCCCCCUCCCCGGAACGGCGAUGACCAGCCUGAUCCCUCCCACCUGCCUGCUCCCCCUGGCCUGGCCCUGACGUCAGGGAAGGCGUGCGGAUGCGUGUGUGCAGGCUGCACAUCAUACACACAUCAGGCACCGCAGAGACAUCGGGAGGCAGCCGGCAGCCGGCAGUGGAAAAGCCCCCGGAGCCGGGCUACAUGCGAGAGCUCCGGGCAGCAAAGGAGCGCUUCCCCGUCCCCACCGUGCGCUGAUGCUCUGCGAGCCGCAGCUCCAGGGAGCCCCUCAUUGCUAAGGAGGUAAGGGCAGGCACGACGGCCAUCGGCUAUUGUAGCCAAAGGUUCAGCUUCAUGCACGGUGUUUGCUUACAGGGCUGCUUUUUAAUUUGGGAGAGGUGUGAGGGUGAAGCAUGGCAUCCCUCCUCUGUUCUGCUUACUGCUGAUUCCCCAGCAGCUCCCAGACAAUGCCUCCUUCGGGGCAGGCGGUGCUGCAUGGCCACUUUUGCUGGGGGCACACCGUGCUGCCAAACUGGGCUCAGCUGGCACCAGCUCUCCAUUCACUGACAGCAGGAGAAAGCGGCGGAUGAAAACCUGUCCUGGUAGAGGUGGGGGCUUGAAUGAAUGUUUCUUUGGGGCUGGCUGUGCUAUUCAUUCCUGCAGACAGUAAGUUAGAUCACAAAGGAAAGAGAAAGGAUGAAAGGUUGUGGAUGGGGACAUUUGCGUGAGGUCUUUGAGCCGACAAUACUCUGAUUUAAAAUCACACCCAACCACAACCAGGCAAAUCCCCCAAACCUGGUUGUUGGAGAGCAAUGCUUUAUGCAUAUAUACUCCAAAGGUAAACCAAGCCUCCAUGAUGGCUUCUCCUCUGGCUUCUUGGCUUGUGGCAGUUCUCCCCACGGCCUCCCUGAGAAUCCGGAGGUACUGACGGAGGGAGCUUUUUAUAAUCAAUCCAUAAAGCUUGCUGAAGCAGAACCCUGCCUGCUGCUCCCCACGCCCGGCCCCAAGACGGAGGACCCCGCUGACCCCACCAUGUCAUCAGAGCCCGGUGCCCCACCGGCUGUGCCACCUCUGCACUCUCCCAAGUCCCCGGUCUGGCCCACCUUCCCCUUCCAGCGCGAGGGCAGCCGUGUCUGGGAGCGGGGCAACCUCCUACUGCGGGACCUGCCCAGCCCACUGCCCACUAAGAGGACCAGGACCUACUCUGCGACGGCACGUGCUUCUGCUGGGCCGAUCUACAAGGGUGUCUGCAAGCAGUUCUCCCGUUCACAGGGCCAUGGGUUCAUCACUCCAGAGAAUGGCACAGAAGACAUUUUUGUCCAUGUGUCUGACAUCGAGGGGGAGUACGUCCCGGUAGAGGGGGAUGAGGUGACGUACAAGGUCUGCCCCAUCCCUCCCAAGAACCAGAAGUUCCAGGCAGUGGAGGUGGUGCUCACCAACCUGGCGCCCCAUACGAAGCAUGAGACGUGGUCUGGGCAGAUCAUCGGCUCCUAGGUGCCUGGGGGGCCUGAUGGCCGCUCACGGGGAGCUUGGGGAAGGCUGGGCUGGCGAAGAGGCUGGGGCCGCUCCUCAGCACGCAGGUGUUCACGUUUGGUGUCUUUUCUAAGGUUACAGUUUCCUUUUUGUGUGUGUUUGUACCUGUCUUUCAAGGGGGAUGGGGAAAGUGGUGUCCUACCCACUGACCCCCCAGCUCCUGGGGUAGCACUGAGUCCCACAUCUUUGAGCCCAAGGGGAGCAGGAGGACUGAUCCUGCUCCCAUCCCACUGCAGCCUAGGCCUUGUGGGGGGCUCGUCCCAGCCUCCCCUACCCUGCUCUGGCCAGGUGGGCAAAUCACUGUGCCGGGAGGGGACAGCUCAGCCUCUUCUGCCCCCAUCACCCCAGCCCCCCUGGAACCCAUCCUGUGUGUGCCUGUGUGUGUGUGUCUGUAGGUCACCGUGGGGCUGAAGGGUUUGGUGAUCUCCCUCUGCUCAUGCUCCACACCGACACCUCCUGCCCCCUCGGUGUAGACAGGGUCUCGUAUAUAAAGCACAAAUUUGUUCUCAGUCCUCUGCCAUAUCUUGGCUAGGUGGGCUCAUGUGGCCUUGGGGACGGGGAAGGGGCACCUGUGGGUUGUGAGAUGUGGACGUAGGGAUAGCCCCAUGCCAUGCCCCAGGCAGUUAGCCUGGCCAAGACAAACUGUUGGAUUUUUCUUUUUUCUUUUCUUUUUUAUUUCUUUUGGGAAAUAAACUAAAAUCCUAGAAUUGUUGGUGUUUUUACAACUCUGGUGUGGUUCCUGCCUGUCUGACCUUGUGUCAACCUUUGUAACAUUGGCAAUAAACCAUUAAAAGUGACUUUCCCACGAGCCCUGCCCGUCCUGCUUUUUUGUGUGUAAGUGCACCCUGCAGGGGACCCAGGAAACCCAGGGCUUGCUUCAGACACUCACCAAUGCUAUGCACUGCACCUCAACUUCAGCAGA